GCGGAGUGUCACUUUAAAGCUUGAGUCUGCAGAAUACAACUUUUCUGUUCAUCUAACUAGAACUAGGAUUUCACAUUCCACAUUCACUAUCGACACUGCAGCACAGGAACAAAGCUAGACCAUUUUAAGACUAUUUCUGCUGUGAUGAUUACCUUUCACUUUCUCUCCACUCUUUGCUAUGGAUUUUUAUUAUUUAAGGUUAGCAACAGCUGGACAUACCAUGCUUCAGAGGAAAAUAUGAAUUACAUCAAAGCAGAGAAAUGGUGUAAAACCCAUUUUACAAAUCUGGUUGCUAUUCAGAAUAAAGAGGAAAUUCACUACUUAAAUGCAACAUUUCCUAUAAAUUCAAAUUAUUACUGGAUUGGUAUCCGAAAAAUUGAGAAUGAAUGGAGAUGGGUUGGAACAAACAAGCAACUGACCGAAGAAGCAAAAAACUGGGCUGAAGGUGAACCAAACAACGGAAAAAAGAAUGAGGACUGUGUCGAGAUCUAUAUAAAACGAACAAAAGAUUCAGGAAAGUGGAAUGAUGAACCAUGUUAUAAAACUAAAAGAGCUUUGUGCUAUAAUGCCUCUUGUACUCCAAAUUCCUGCAGUGGUCGUGGGGAAUGUAUAGAGACAAUCAACAAUUACACCUGCCAGUGCAACAAAGGGUUCUAUGGACGUGACUGCGAACAUGUAAUAACUUGCAAUCAACUGGAAGACCCAGAUCAUGGUAUCUUUACAUGCCAACAUCCAAUACAGGAUUUUGGCUUUAAUUCUUCUUGUGAUGUUCAGUGCAAGGAAGGUUACAAACUGACUGAGAUCAUGGAAUCAAUAACAUGUAUGGAUUCUGGAAAAUGGUCUGCACCAUCUCCAUCCUGUAAAGUUGUGGAAUGUCAUGCACUACAGAAGCCUGCACAUGGUUUGUUCAACUGCUCCAACCCUUCUGAAAAUUACGCCUGGAAUUCAUCUUGCAUUUUUUCUUGCAAAGAAGGUUUCGUUUUGAAAGGCCCCAAUAUGCUCCAGUGUGGUGCAUCAGGGGAAUGGGAUGGACAGGAACCUACAUGUGAAGUGGUGAAAUGUCAAGCAGUACAUCAAUCAGAAGGAAGCCUUCUGAAUUGUUCCCAUCACGGUACAGAACUGAAGUAUAAAUCAACCUGUGAUUUUGCUUGUGCAAAGGGUUACACUUUAAGAGGCUCACCCCAGAUUCAGUGCUUAUCAGAUGGACACUGGAGUCAGCCAAUUCCUGUUUGUGAAGCCGUGCAUUGCCGUGAACUACAGCCUCCAGCUAAUGGCUCCAUGAGCUGCUCUGGUCCUUCUGGAAACUCUGCCUGGAAUUCAACCUGCAAGUUUGCUUGUGAAGAAGGAUUUAAACUGAAUGGAUCCAAUGAACUCCAAUGUGAUGCUUCUGGACACUGGGAUGCAUCACAGCCAGAAUGUGAAGCAGUAAAAUGUGUAGCAGUGCAGCCUCCUGAAAUGGGAAUAGCCAAACAUUCUUCUGACGAUACAAAUCCAAGUUUCAAGUCAGUCUAUGAAUUUAGUUGCACGGAGGGUUACACAUUGAAAGGAUCAUCCCACAUUCAUUGUUCAUCAAAUGGUGAAUGGUCUGAUCCAGUUCCUAAAUGUGAAGUUGUGGAAUGUCAUGCACUACAGAAGCCUGCACAUGGUUUGUUCAACUGUUCCAACCCUUCUGAAAAUUAUGCCUGGAAUUCAUCUUGCAUUUUUUCUUGCAAAGAAGGUUUCGUUUUGAAAGGCCCCAAUAUGCUCCAGUGUGGUGCAUCAGGGGAAUGGGAUGGACAGGAGCCUACCUGUGAAGUGGUGAAAUGUCAAGCAGUACAUCAAUCAGAAGGAAGCCUUCUGAAUUGUUCCCAUCAUGGUACAGAACUGAAGUAUAAAUCAACCUGUGAUUUUGCUUGUGCAAAGGGUUACACUUUAAGAGGCUCACCCCAGAUUCAGUGCUUAUCAGAUGGACACUGGAGUCAGCCAAUUCCUGUUUGUGAAGGUACUUCAACACUUGGGAAAUUCUUAGCAAUUGGUACAUCAGUCGCUGGGCUUUCUGUCCUAUCAGUGGUAUCAUUCAUUAUCUGGGUCCAAAAGCAUCUUCAAAGAAAAAAAAAAUCAUUCACUCUUACAAGCAGUGUCUCAAGCCUUCAUUCAGAAGGUAGUUUCCAAGCUCAAAUCGUUUAAUCAACCAGUAAAUGUGAACAUCUCUGAAAUGAUAUCCAGCCACUCAUGGACUGAGAUAAGUCGCCUUUGGAGAAGCCCUUUCUGACAUGGAUAAGUGGAGGUUCCUUGAGGACAAUGACUUGAGAAGAAGUAUCCUGUCCCACCACAAUAAUCCUGUUCUAAUGCUGGCAACAUAUCAAGGAAGAAUAGAAACCAUCCAAGCAGCAUGGCAUAUGCUCCAGUCCAGCCUUAUACACAAUCCACCUGAGGGUAUCUUCUGUCCUUAAUAUUUUGAGCUCUGAUAACUCCCUUCACUUUCUGUAAAUCUAGAACAAAGGUGUUGGGAAUUUAUUCUUUUUUAUAUAUAAAUGAUACUUUUGUCAUACUGAAAACGGUGGAUGUAGACGUUUUCAUGUAGAAUUGUACAUUUUGUUUUUUGUGGCCAUGUUUCAAGAAGAGACCUCACAACUGUUAAUCAUCAGGGAAUAUUUAACUAUUGUGAUACAUUUAUCUACAAUACCUCUAGGGAACAGUUCAGUUUGGACAUAGAAAAGGGAGAUGUUAAUUUUUAGGGUGUAAUUUUCUAUAGUUUUUGAAGUUACCAAAGUAAUACUUAAAAUAAUUUCAGAAUGGGAUAAUUCAUUAUCUCUGCCAAAGCCUAAACUUGCAGAAAUGUACUACAUGUAGUCCAGUGGUGGGUUUCAAAUUUUUUUACUACUGGUUCUGUGGGUGUGGCUUGGUGGGUGUGGCUUGGUGGGCGUGGCAGGGGAAGGUUACUGCAAAAUCCCCAUUUCCUCCCGAUCAACUGGGACUUGGGAGGCAGAGAAUAGAUGGGGGCAUGGCCAGUCAGAAUUUUUACUACCGGUUCUCCGAACUACUCAAAAUUUCUGCUACCAGUUCUCCAGAACUGGUCAGAACCUGCUGAAACCCACCUCUGAUGUAAUCCUCUAAUGUCAAUAGUGUGUCUUGAAAUGAAUCAAGAUUUUUAAAAUGUUUCAUCCCUAUGGGAUUUAGUACUGUAUUAUCUAAAUUAUGAAUAGUAUUUAUUUCUUGGAUAAUUGUAUGCAAUUUUUUUGUGAAUCAAAGAUGACUAAAUCUGUUUUGGAAGCAAAGUAUAAGUGAAACAAUUCUAAAAACCAUCCUCCAAAAUAAACCCAGAACUAUUUUUUUAAAUGGAAAUUUGUUUGAAAGUAUUUAUACAUUAUAUUAGGGAAUAGCUUAAUAAGUAACCCAGAGACAUCUAUUAGUAAUUUGAAUUACUCCCGAGGGAUCAACACUCCCUCCUGAAAACAACCCUGCAUAUCUGUAGUUGUAAUCUAGAAUUUCUGUUCAUUCUAUAGUUCCAUAAAUUUGAUUGUUUCAAUUGUAGGAAUGUAUUCACACAUUGCUCUUAAACCAUCAUAUGCUUUGUUUGUCUUAACAUGAAAUGCUAAGAAAAGGUAUGAGUAUCUAAGUCCACAGUUCCUUAUUUUUAAAUAAAAGUUUAUUUAAAGGAGAUUAAAUAUGAAACAUAAUAAUUUUUGUAAUAUUUUAUAUAUAAUAUGUAUUUAAUUUAUUUAAA